UGCAAGCUUUCAGUUACAACUUACAACUUACAAGGCUGAAACUGGGAAAUCAAGAAUUAUAGGCGGUGCAACAAUUGGUCGAUUACGCAUGAGUUGGAUCACCAUCAUCUCCAUCACGGGUCCAAUUGGCUGAGUGUGUAGGAAUCAUCACAGCCUGGAGAUAUAAUUUUGUGACGCAUGACGUUCGACGAUUCGUGGGUUCCUCAAUUGUCUUAGAACAGACUUCUGCAUUUUUUUUUCCUGUGGUUAGACUUAGGUCUUGAUUUUAUGUACACAUGAAAUCAGGCCAGCAACAUGGUGGAGUUGAUAGUACUACCACCACACUUGUACUAUCAUCACUUUCAGCGACGGUGGCUGAGACCAUAACUUUCCCCAUAGACCUCAUCAAGACCAGGCUCCAACUCCACCGUGAGUCACUUUCCUCAAGUUGCCAUACAAGUACAUUCCGAAUAGGCUUGAAUGUUAUUCGUGAACAAGGUCCUCUGGGCCUUUACAAGGGCUUGUCUCCAGCAAUUAUUAGACACCUAUUCUACACGCCUAUUCGAAUUGUUGGGUAUGAGCACCUGAGAAGUGUUGUUUCUCCUGAUAAUGGGUCGCUCUCUAUGAUUGGCAAGGCUUUUGUUGGUGGAAUCUCUGGUAGCUUGGCUCAGGUUGUAGCAAGUCCAGCUGAUGUUGUCAAGGUGAGGAUGCAAGCUGAUGACCGAAUGGUGAGAGAAGGUCUUCAACCUCGGUAUUCAGGGUCACUUGAUGCUUUGAGGAAAAUUGUUCAAGCUGAAGGAUUAAAAGGUCUUUGGAAAGGUGUUUUUCCUAAUAUUCAAAGCACCAUUCGGAAUAUGGGUGAAUUAGCCUUUUACGAUCAUGCUAAACAAAUUGUUAUUAAAAGUAGGAUAGCUGAGGAUAAUGUUUAUGCCCACACAUUAGCUUCCAUCAUGUCUGGUCUCGCUGCAACUUCUUUAAGUUGUCCAGCUGAUGUUGUGAAGACUAGAAUGAUGAACCAGGUACAUAAAAAGGAAGGGCAAGUCUUAUAUAGGAGCUCUUAUGAUUGCCUGGUAAAGACUGUUAAAUUUGAAGGAAUAAGAGCACUGUGGAAAGGAUUCUUUCCCACAUGGGCAAGGCUUGGCCCAUGGCAAUUUGUGUUCUGGGUUUCCUAUGAGAAGUUAAGAAAACUUGCAGGGCUCUCUUCUUUCUGAUAUAAUUUUUUAUCUACACUGUCAGACAUUCAUUCAUGAUAAAUUCACAAUCCACAGCCUUCAGAGUA